AUGAAAAAGCUAUAAUAGAUAGAGAAUAUUAAACCUAUAAAUAGUGAAUUUCGAUUGAGCGAUCUAAAUUAUUUAAUACAAGGUAAUAAUUAUUGUAAUAUUAAAAGGAGGAAGGCCAAAAGAGAAGUAUUUAUUGCAUCAAGUUUUUCAACAUUUCCAUUAGGAUUCAGAACUUGCUAAAAAAUUGACAAAUCUACUACUGAAAUUUGAAAACCCAAAUGAAUAUGAUAAAGAGAAAUGGACUCCAUUGCAUCAAGCUGUGAGAUAUAAUUAAAAUAAAGCAGUGAUUUAUGCCUAAUAAAUUGGAUAAUUCAAUUUUCAUCUUCUGGCAGGAUAACAAGGCUUAUCAUUAAUGCAUUUAGCUGUUCUUAAAAGUAAUUAUGAAAUUAUAGAAAUAUUGAUAGUAACUUAUUAAAUUAAUAAUUAGGAAGAGAAAGUUUCAUUAUUCAUUGAAAAUGUAGAUGGAAUAUUACCAAGAAGAUUUGCUUUACAAUCUCCAGUUAAUUUGAAAAUGAUUAAGAAAUAUGAGAAUCAAUAAAUGAUGAGAUUUUUAAUGGAUUUUGAAGAUAUUGAUGAUGAUGAAUCAACUUAAGCAAAUAAAAUUUAAAAUUUAAACGUUUCCUAAUAAUCAAUUAACAAAAGAGAAGCCAAUGAUGUUCUCAUUACUAGACCAAAAGUAUCAUUAACUUAUCAUGUUUAAUUAAAACAAUUCAAUCCUUACUAUUUAAAAUGUGAAAGAUUUUAUGAAAAUGCUUUAUCCAUAAUUUUUGAAGGAAAUGAUGUACUUAUUUGAUAUGCCCUAGAAUAAGAGCUUUAUACAAGUAUGUUACUAUUGUUGUCUUUGAGCAAUGAUAAGUUUCCAAUAAAACACAUUCAAUAAUUAGUUGAGUAAUUAAAUGUUACAUUACCGAUUCUUAGACAAGAUUACUUUGAUAUAGAAUGUAAAUUUGAAAAAUAUAGUAAGAAAAUAAAAAAGGAUUUAAUUUAUGCAAUAUAAGAUUAUAGAAUAGUAUAUAAAUAUAAAAUAUAUAUAGAAAUUGAAAGGUAUGCCAAAUAUCUUUGGAGAACCUAAAAAUUAAGAAGCUAUUAAUAAUUUGAAACGAUUCACUUCUAAUAAAUUAGAAUAUGAUAUCAAAAAUUAUGCUGGUGUAUUUCCUAUGCCUUAAUUAAUGUAUCAAAUUCAAAGAUUGUGUUACUUCACAAAUUUUAGUUUUUUGAUUUGUGAAUAUCCAAAGAUAAAAUUUCAAUCGAAUUAUCUAGUUUUACAUCAAUUUGAAUGUCUGAAUAAGUUGGAACAUUAUUAAAUAAGUGAAUCUUCAAGAAUAAAAGGAUGUAGUGUUCAUGAAUCUAAUAUCGAUUUGGAUUAAUAAUUGAAAUUUAAUAAUAUUUAUAAUAAUUAUUAAUUAUGAAUAAAUCAUAAUAAGAAGCUAUUCAAAAGAACCAUUAUGGCAAGCUAGAAUUUUGGGAAAGAAGAUAUUCAGAGUAUUAUAUACUUUUUAUUCUAGAAAUGAUAAGCCAUUUGAAUGGUAUUAAAAUUAUGAUACCUUAAAAGAUAUUGUUACACAAUAUAUUAAUCACAAUAGUCGUAUUCUUAAUAUUGGAUGCGGAAAUUCAAGUAUCAAUAUUCAUAACUUAAUUUAUAGAUAUUCCUGAAGACAUGUACAAGGAAGGUUAUCAAUGGAUUGUUAAUCUAGAUUUCUCUAAAACAGUUAUUGAAUUUAUGAAAGAGAAAUAUAAGUCUUACCCUGCUCAUUUUUAAUGUAUUCACUUAGAUCUAUAUAUAGUUGUAUUGGCUGAUGCAAGAGAUUUACCAUUUCCAAAUGAAUCAUUUGAUUGUGUCUUUGAUAAAGGUUUAUUAGAUGCUGUUUUAAGUGGAGACUAUUCAGCCCAGAAUUCAAAAAAGGUGAUCAAUCACAUCUACAGAGCAUUAAAAAAAGAUACUGGUGUAUAUAUUAUUGUAUCUCAUGGAUUCCCUGAAUAGAGACUUCCAUAUCUAAGCAAGUCAGAAUAUAAUUGGAAAGUGACAUACAGUAAAGUAUAUAAACCUGAUGUCAGAACCAAAAGUUUGGAAUUUGAUGCAACAGAUCUAAAUAAUUAUCAUUUUAUCUAUGUUUGCAAAAUGGAUAGAUAUCAAGGUUAAACUGCUGCUUAAGUCAUUGGAAUUUGA